UCAUCACAAAUUUUCCACGUUAUCACCAAUCCCACCGUUAGAUUCUCUUCUUUUUCUCGAUCUAACCGUCAGCUCUUUCAAAAGUCAUUUCCGUAAAAGUCCUUUUCCAAACCUCGCUUCCUUCAUUUCAUCUCACUCUCCAUUCUCACCGCAUCAACUUUCAACAAACUAAGCUGUGUUUGGAUAUCACUUAAAAAAAACCAUUCAAAUGCAGUGAGAGAAGAGAAAGAAAUCGAUUAUUGAUGGCUUUUCACGACCAUCUCCAACAGGAAAUAGCGUUCCAGCGAUUCACGGAGGAAGAAGACGAAGAUAGAGUACCAUGGAUGAGCAACAGCGUAAACGCGCGUCAACAGAAUUUCAUGCACUUGGAACCGGAGAGGAGAGAGAAAAGCAUGGAUCGGAACCGGAGCGAGAGCAAUUGCGAAAGAGAAGAGUUAAGCGAAUACAAAGCGGAGAUAUUAGGUCAUCCACUUUACGAUCAGUUGUUAUCGGCUCAUGUUUCGUGUCUCCGAAUCGCAACUCCGGUGGACCAGCUUCCGAGAAUCGAUGCUCAGCUUCAACAAUCGCAGCGCGUUCUUCACAAAUACUCUUCCAUUGGAAUUGGAAACAUGGAUCCCAAGGAGCUUGAUCACUUUAUGACGCAUUAUGUUCUUUUGCUGUGCGCUUUCAAAGAACAGCUGCAACAACAUGUCCGCGUUCAUGCCAUGGAGGCAGUGAUGGCUUGUUGGGAUCUUGAGCAAUCUCUGCAAAGCUUGACAGGUGUAUCUUCGGGUGAAGGAACGGGAGCAACCAUGUCAGACGAUGAAGAUGAGCAGACAGAAAGUAAUGCCAAGUUGUACAACGAAGGAAGCAGCCUUGAUGGCAUUGAUACUCUUGGAUUUGGUCCUCUUGUCCCCACUGAGACUGAAAGGUCUCUGAUGGAGCGUGUUAGGCUUGAACUCAAGCAUGAGCUAAAACAGGGUUACAAGGAGAAAAUUGUUGAUGUAAGAGAAGAAAUUCUACGAAAGAGAAGAGCUGGGAAGCUCCCUGGAGACACCACGUCACUUCUGAAAGCUUGGUGGCAAUCACAUUCUAAAUGGCCCUAUCCUACUGAGGAAGACAAAGCUAGACUAGUGCAGGAAACAGGCUUGCAAUUAAAGCAGAUAAACAAUUGGUUCAUCAAUCAAAGGAAAAGGAAUUGGCAUGCUAACUCUUCAUCCUCUAGUAACUCCAAAACCAAGCGCAAGAGUGCAGGCGAUACCAGUAAUCAGAGCUUCAUGUGAAUAAUAUAUUCACAUACUUUACAUUUGAGCAAAGAAACUAUCGGUUUUCUUCUUCAUUUCAUGUUAUCCCUACGUAAUCGUGGACGUGAAAUUGAAGUAACAGAAUCUGGAGUAGAAAGGAAAUUUGUGUUGAAAUCGUUGUAAAGAAAUAGUGUUUGUUUAAGAAAAAUGCUACUGAGUGCUAUUAAAUAUAUAUUGGUUAAAAUAAAAAAAUAUAGAAAUAUGUGUUGAAAAAUGAUGUGUUCAAUUUUUAAAAAAUUUAAAAUUAUUUUUAUUAUAA